AUGAGAUUUGGGUCUGCUGCCCGAUUCUGCUGCACAGCGAGGAAGAAAAAGGGAAAGACGAUUUUGAAUCGAGAGGAAGAGGAUGAAGGUUCUGCUUGCGAAAAUCAAAGGAAGAAUGCAAAAGAAGCCAUAGAAAGUGCACCAUACAACGCAAAAUAUAUUUCAUUUCUAAUCCAAAAAGAGAUUAUCCAUAUUCUUUCAACCAAAGUUCGUGACUAUAUUCGAGAGGAAAUUAGAGACUUUAAGUACUGCAUUAUGGUUGAUGAGGCUCGUGAUGAAUCUAAAAAGGAGCAAAUGGCUAUAAUUUUGAGGUUUGUUGACAAAUAUGGAUUGAUUAAAGAGCGAUUUUUUGAUCCAAUACAUGUCGUUGAUACCUCAACAUCUACACUUAAAAAAGAGGUAUGUUCCGUACUUUCUCGUCAUAAUUUAAAUGUUGAAAACAUUCAUGGGCAAGGUUAUGGUGGUGCUAGUAACAUGAGAGGACUCAAUCAAAUUGGCACAUUAAAACGAGUUGGGGAUACACGUUGGAGCUCUCAUCUUCCGUCAAUUCGUAGCUUGAUCACUAUGUUUAACUCAUCUAAUUCUGUACUGGAGAACAUUUCGUUUGAUAAAACUUGCAAGUUUUCUCAACGUGGAGAUGCUGACGCUGCACUGAAUCUCUUAAUUUUCUAUGAUUUUGUGUUUAUUGUACAUUUGAUGAUAAAAAUAUUACAAAAUGCCAAUACUCUUUGCCAAGCUUUACAACAAAAAUCUCAGAAUAUCGUUAGCGCACUCAAGUUGGUAUCCAUAAUUAAAAGGGUUCUUCAAACAUAUAGGGAAGAUGUGUGGCAUACUUUUAUUGAAAAAGUAAAACUUUUUUGUGAACAAUAUGAUAUUUUGAUACCUAACAUGGAUGCUCUUAUGCGGCUUGUAAAGGUCGAGCACGACACCAAGCGAACCAAGUCACAAUUGGACAUUACUAUCGUGUUGAGAUAUUCUAUGUUACCAUAG